AUGGAUAGGUUCUGUCGGCUCCCCCCGGAGCUCCGCGCCGCAGUCGUCGAGCACGUCGUCGACCACUGGCGCCACGGCGAUGAUUCUGACUCCAUCGCCGACUACGCACUCGUCUGCAAGGAGUGGCAGGCCAUCGUUGAGCGUUUCAACUUUGCCGUUUUGCGAGUCACCCAGGCCAACCUGGACGACUUCGAGACCGCCAUGGUGGGCUCGAGGCGGGGUAUCGUGAGGCAGAUUAAUCUGCACGUCGAGCUGCCCACCUACGACAAUGAUCCCUGCGAGAAGAAGGAGACUUGGGAGGACAAGGCCGAGAACAAUGUCUGCUUCACCCGUGCAUUUUACCGCCUCUUUCACAUCAUGAGCCGCUGGUCCGCCGACGACGUCACCAGCGGCGGCAUCCACUUCACUCUGAGCAUCUCCUCACCCAGCGACCUUCGCAACGCCAAUUUUGAGCUGUGGCAACGCCGCAGAUGGAACAUCAAAGACAUUGGCGAGAAGCGCUUCGCCGAUUCCUGGAUCGACUUUGUCGGCCAGGACGAGGAGUUCGACAGGGUCAACCGCCUGCCCGCCGUCAGUGUCAUCCGGUCCUUCACCUUGAGCCCCCAGAACCACCGAGCUCUGAUGCCUGCCGCCCACGCCGACAUCGUUGCGAGACUGCCAGGGCUGCAAGAAGCCUGCUUCGACAUCACUAAGGAUCGUAAGAAGGAGACGCGUAAAAUCCACUUUAACCAAUUCGCCGGCUCCAUGAGCAACUGGCCCAUCACGCUCAAGUCGCUCACCAUGGCCAGCAACACCAUCUCGUCGUGGCGUCAGAUUCCCCACGAGGCCUUGGCCGAAGGCGACAGCGGCGCCAAGCUCUGUGAGAGGCUCCGCUCCACCGCCCAGCACCUCAAGCACCUCAACGUCACCAACGUCGUGCGGAUACGGGAGUUCCUCCGGCCCCACUGGCCCCUUGGCGCCGACGACACGGAGCCCUUCCUGGCUCAUCGCCCCUACUACCCCGAGUUCUGGCACCUCGAAACGCUGUACAUCUCUUACGGCUCCAUCUGGUACAACACAGAGUGGCACAAGCAGGGCGACAACAUCAAUGAGUCGUCGGAGCUUGUUGAAUUCCGUCAGAACGUCUCGCUCGCAGCCGCUCGGAUGGCUUACACGAUGCCCCGGCUGAAGCACAUGACCGUCAAGCAGCGGCCCCUCAUGUGGGCAGGCAAGCACGAGCUUGAGUACAGGGUCGAGGAGGCCAACGAAAAGCCGUCAAAGGCAACGCUCACCUGGACCAGUACCUUUGAUUUCAAGCCGUGGGAGCGGACCGUCGAGGCGUGGACCGAGGUGGCGGCCCGGUAUGCCGGGGUGAAGCUCGAGUCUCGCGUCAAGUCCGCGGCGUGGCAUACGGAUGGCAGAGCGCCCCUGCUGCCAUCUCUCACCUUUUAA